AUGGGUCGUCUUCAGGAAUACGAGGUCAUCGGGCGCCAUCUGCCUACGGAGGCCAACCCAACCCCGGACAUGUACCGCAUGACCAUCUUUGCCCCUAACGAGACGGUCGCCAAGUCCCGAUUCUGGUACUUCUUGCGAGGUCUCCGAAAGGUCAAGAAGGCUACUGGUGAGAUUGUCAGCGUCAAGGCUAUCCAUGAGAAGCACCCCCAGAAGGUCAAGAACUUCGGCAUCUGGCUGCGCUACGACUCCCGCUCCGGUACACACAAUAUGUACAAGGAGUACCGUGAGAUGACCCGCACUGAUGCCGUUGAGGCCCUUUACUCCGACAUGGCUGCCCGCCAUCGCGCUCGUUUCAGGUCGAUCCACAUCCUGCGCGUUGUUGAGAUCGAGAAGACUGAAGAUGUCAAGCGCCCGUACAUCAAGCAGCUCCUCCAGAAGGGCCUGAGCUUUCCUCUGCCUCAUCGUGUUUCCAAGAUUAGCAACUCGAAGGUGUUCAGCGCAAAGCGACCUUCCACCUUCGCUUAG